CGUUCAGUCGACCCCGUGCAUCGCGGCAUGUCAGCCGCCGCGCGACCAUCCACGAUUCUCAUUUUCGUGAUAUCGAAUGUGUGUCGUCCGUUCGUUCGUUAUUUAAGAUUGGAAAUUAUAAGAUUUCUAAAAUGACAUCGAUCGGAGCUUACACCAGUUCCAUUUGAAAUAUCAUGUUUUUGACAGGUGUUUUAAAAUAAUUUUCAAAUCAAAGGAUUUCAUUGAAAAACGGAAUCAACGAUUGGUGGUUGGAAAAACUUUUCAACAUAAAAUAUUUUGUUGAUUUUAGAAGAACGAUUAAUAAGCUCUUAUUGUUUUUAUUUUCGAACUGUCUCUCACCGAGAUCCGUUUUUUUCCUACUUCGUUCAACUUCGUUUUCGUCAGGAUCCAGUCAUCCGUUUUAUUCAUUUGAACAUCCCCAGUGAGUGAGUGCGUCCAGCAUCAGCAAAGAGAAUAAUGAAUCUUCUCUGGUCAUGCUUAUUUUCACUUCGUGAAGUGCGCGUUCGUGAGCUUUUUUAAGCCGGAGCGUAUGAGGGUGAACAACGGUACGGGAGAAAUCGUUUUGUACACGCGAUAACCAAAGAAACACCUGUGGAAACAUCUGUGACCUUGAAAAAAAAGUUUAACUUUCAAUGAAAGAAAGGCCGUGAAAGUGUGUACCGGAAGAGGGAAACCAGUGGAUUUGUAUUCUUGAAUCGAAUGAUCUUUGUCACAUUUCGUCGUUACAGAAAGACUUUUGAGCUAAAGAAAUACAAUGUUGAUUGAGGGAUAGGAAUAUCUGGGAACAUCCAAUUUAUACAGGACCGGAACCAUAGUGUUGGUCCGUAGUGACAUUCAAAUCCGGCGACCAGUUAUAUAACUUGUUGAAUCGCCGGCUUUCUGAACCCGUGAGCUUCGUUGUUAUCACUCCUCGAGGAUGCACAAUAUUUCUGAAAUAUCUCUUUACAGAAUCUUUAAUCAACGAAAAUCCACAGAAUUUAUAAUUAAAAGUAUCAAAUCGAUUUGAAGGUUGAGCAGAAAUACGAUCGACUUAACAUUAGUCAAAAGAUUUCAACGUGUUUCUCAGUUGUUUGGUAUUCUACAUUUGGUCACUAAUGCUUCGAUAAACUCUCGACAGGGAAAACUUUCAGCGGCAAAAACAUUAAGAACGGAAAGGGGGAAAAGCCUUUGCAAGUCCAAGAAAAGUUUGCCCGGAAACCCUGUUAUCGAGUUCCACAAAUGGACUCGUCGAAAAGUGUGGGGAGCUCUCAGUGAUCCUCUCAAGAAUUUAAUUCCUGAUAUCUUAACUAUCUUUUCCUAAAAGUGAAAACAAGCCUAAAACUCUUAGUUAGGGUGAAAAGAGAUAUUUUGCAAAAUUGCGUCAGAGACUCGAAUUUAAGGUACAACGUCACGAUGGGGGUUAAAUUCGAACUAAUUCUGUUGGUGAGCAUAGUGAGUUUGGCUAAUGCAGGGAGCCGAGUAACCCGGAGCGAUCCUCUAAUCGUCGAAACAACGUCAGGAUUCGUGAGGGGUUUUUCGAGUAGCGUUCUUGAUCGCGAGGUUCACGUUUUCUACGGCAUACCAUUUGCGAAGCCACCGAUAGGGCCAUUGAGAUUUCGUAAACCGUUGCCGAUCGAACGGUGGCACGGUGUUUUGAAUGCGACGAAGUUGCCGAACAGUUGUUGGCAGGAGCGUUAUGAGUAUUUUCCUGGUUUUGAAGGUGAAGAGAUGUGGAAUCCUAAUACAAAUAUCUCAGAGGAUUGUCUUUACCUGAAUAUCUGGGUACCGCAGAAAUUACGCCUUAGACACAAAGGUAGCGAACCACAGGUGUCAGAGAAGACUGGAUUACCGAUGUUAGUCUGGAUAUACGGAGGUGGUUAUAUGACCGGAACAGCAACGCUAGACGUCUAUGACGGUGAUUUAAUGGCAGCGUCGAGCAACGUUAUUAUAGCCUCGAUGCAGUAUCGGGUCGGUGCAUUCGGUUUUCUUUACCUGAACAAACAUUUUGGCAACAGCGAGGAAGCACCCGGGAAUAUGGGACUUUGGGAUCAAGCAUUGGCGCUUAAAUGGUUGCGCGAUAACGCCGCUGCGUUUGGUGGUGAUCCUGACGCAAUCACUAUUUUUGGCGAAUCGGCUGGUGGCGGCUCAGUGUCAGUUCAUCUCAUUUCACCUGUCACAAGAGGCCUUGUCAAACGUGGAAUAUUGCAGAGCGGUACUUUUAAUGCACCUUGGAGUUACAUGACAGGUGAAAGAGCCCACGAAGUCGGUCGUGUUCUCGUUGACGAUUGCGGUUGUAAUUCAACGUUGUUGAGUGAAAACCCAGCUAGGGUUAUGGCUUGUAUGAGAUCGGUUGAUCCGAAAACCAUUUCGGUACAACAGUGGAACAGUUAUUCCGGUAUUCUUGGCUCACCAUCGGCCCCGACAAUCGACGGUGUUUUUUUGCCUAAACAUCCAUUGGAUAUGCUGAAGGAAGGUGAUUUCCAGGAUACCGAAAUACUUAUUGGGAACAACCAAAAUGAGGGCACGUACUUCAUUCUCUACGACUUUAUUGACUACUUUGACAAGGAUCAACCGGUAUUGCUGACACGGGACAAGUUCCUUGGAAUCAUCAAGAAUAUAUUCAAAAACAUGUCGGAUAUCGAGCGCGAGGCGAUCGCUUUCCAGUACACGGACUGGGAACGUGCUAAGGAUGGCUACAUGUAUGAAGAAGCUAUCGGCGACAUCGUUGGUGAUUACUUUUUCAUCUGUCCAUCAACACAGUUUGCUCAAUUGUUCGCUGAUCGUGGAAUGAAGGUUUACUAUUAUUUCUUCACUCAGAGGACGAGUACAAAUUUAUGGGGCAAGUGGAUGGGCGUCGUUCACGGUGAUGAAGUCGAAUAUGUUUUUGGUCGACCUCUAAACAUGUCACUGAAAUACUCUGCGAGCGAGCGUAUACUUUCGACGAAAAUGAUUCAAGCUUACUCACGUUUCGCAUUUUUGGGGAAACCAACGGAUGACGACAAUUGGCCAGCAUAUACAAGAGACGAGCCUCAGUAUUACAUUUUCAAUGCUGAAACAAACGGUCUUGGCAAGGGACCGCGAACGACAUCGUGUGCAUUUUGGAACGAGUUUUUGCCACGGCUUGAAGGAAUUCCCGAUCCUCCGGCCGAAGCUUGUAACGGUGCGGUUGCGUCAAGUGUUUCAGCAGGUGCUGAUGACCUUCGUAGUGCAUUGACGGCCCUCAUACUUCCGGUUCUCAUAUUCACCGAGAUUAUCUAGACAUGAAUAAAUAUGUGUUAUUUAGAUGGUUUCCUAGAGUGAUCCUCGUAAACCGUUUCGAUCCAUCCAUCUCAGAAUCACGCGAUUUUGUCCUCAAAUGACCUGGUGAAGAUAUGGGAAGAACGAACUGCGGUGGAUACACAAAAAAAAAGAAAAAAAAAUUAAAUAACACAAAAAGAGCGAGUAGGCAAGAAAAAAAUGCAAAAUUUCGACACAGUAGUUUAAAACUGAGAACCUUUUCUGCGAUUAUCGGAAAAAAAUGUCAAAAGAAAAAACGCUCGCUUCAAGGCGAAAUUGGAUUUUUUGGACUGUAGACAAAUUAAAAAAGUUUGAAUUUGUUUACAGUUGAUUCUCAGUUCGAAUGACCUCGAUGAAAAUAAUUUUCAUCAUCACAAAUUUCUAUGCGAGUGUUAUCCGAUAAUUAUGAAAAUCGGUUGUCCCAUGUUGUGGGUAUGAAAAUGUAUCAGAAAUUAACAGGAUAAAUUUUUCACUCUCUUUCGCGUGAGUAAAAACUGUUACGACUUCUUGUGAUCAAGAACUUGAGAUGAAAGACAGAACUGAAAAUGUACAAGGAAAAAAAUUGAUGAGCUGAACCGAAUCUUAGUUCAAGUCCCAAUCGUUCAUGCGAUAUUUGUUUUUUGGAGCAGUCGUGAAAAAUGAAAUAAAAAAACAGCUGAAUUAGAAUGACAGUCGAUAGUUAGAGAUUUUUUUUUUUUUCAUUAGCAACUCAAUAUGGACGGUAACAUUGAAGAAUCAUUUACAUUGAAAAAUCAGUGUCGCAUAUUUAGGGAAUAUGCGAUAUGAAACAAUACGAAAAAAUGUAUAGAAGUCAGCUACAAAGAGAGACAAGUGCGAUGAUAAUCGACAGUUUAGAGAUUAUUCGUAAAAAUGUUAAAAAAAAAGGAAAUUGCGUCAUUUUCGAAGACGAAAAAAGUCGUAACGAAAAAAGUGGAAAGAUACAAAAAAAAUGAAAUUCAAAAGAAAAUGAAAACGACUUAAACUUGUAUCGGCACGGUGCAAAGGGACAAUUUUGCUUAUAAACCCAGUACGGUUAGGAGGAAAUAUAUGGCUGCGGGUCGCAGAUGAGACCCACUCCAAAAAGGUAUUCUUAAGGGACGCCUAUCGUAAAUAAUAAUUAAGAAGGAAAUAACCCAAAGAAUAAGACGCAAGAACGGAAAAAAAUGCAAACAAGUGAGAGAAAAAAUUGGAAUAACGACAGGUUUUUUCGAUUUCCGGGACGUGGCGCGUUACUCCUAGGAAAACAGAUUGAAAAAGUGCUUAUCUGAAUGUCGAAUACCAGUCUAUCAUUCUUGUAUCCCUCGCUGAUUCGAAGGGACUAUAUUGAGAAAAGAAAAAAACAACCCGAUUGAAUCCGAUCAAUUAAAAAUCGCUUGGAUCGGAGUAAUCAAAUAAACGACAAAAGAAGGAUGGAAAUCAAUCGUGAAAAAUAUAAAUGAGAAUAGCGAAAAAAAUGAUAAAUAUGUUGACAAGAACAAAAGGGUCGGAGAACUACAUGAAACGCGUCCAACGUGAAUCUUCCAUUUGGUACAUAUCACCUAUACAUACACGAUACAUAUAGAAAUAUCUAUAUAUAUAUAUAUAUAUAUAUAUUAAUCAAUAAUGAAAGAAUUAAUUCAUGAGACGAAAAUGAAAAGGGCGAAAAAUAUAUAUAUAUAUAUAUAUAACUAUGUAUAGAUAUGAAUGAAUAUAUAGAUAUAUCUGAAUCAACAAAUAUGAAAAAUGAAUAUUAAUAUCAAUGCAUACACAUAUAUAUGUAAUAAUACAGCAAUACGUAUAAAUUAAUUAGAGUAUAUGAAUCGGUGUAUGAACUAAUAAACUAAAGAAUAAUUUAAUUAGAUUCAUGCCACGAAGAUACGAGACACUCUGCAAUGAAUUUAUUUUUUUUCCAUGAUUUUUAUAUAUUCAUGUGAUUCAAAUCGAUUUUUCAAUGUUAGUUCAGUCCCAGUUCCAACGUUGAAAGAACCACUUGAACAAACGACAUAUUUGAGGAUUAAUUAUUUUACAAAACCAUCUACUGGAUCUCGUAAAUAAAAUCAAUGUUUUGAUUCAUGUUCAGCCAAGUACAUGAGUUGAAUAUACUUGUUUCCACGGUUUGUGCAACAAAACGAUUGAUAUGCGAUCGUCUUUGAAUUAAAUGCAUACAGAUAGAAGAAUGAUUUUGAGAAAGAAACAAAAUAAAUAAAUGCCUGAAGUUUCAACCAAAAAUUACAUAGUUUUAGAGACUCUGGCAAAACCAGAAGGUUGUAGGGGAAUGAGAUUUUUGUUGGUUCAUCGAGAUUUUCGAUUUGAGCGCUUAGUUAUUAGCAUGAAAAAAAUGAGGAAAGGGAGAAAGAGAGAAUCCACUACCACCAUUAUCGUCACGUACCUACACGCAAUUUUCCUUAAAUCACAUAUCAUUAAUCAUUAAUUAAUAAAAUUGUUAGUUAGCGGCCGAACCGGCAUCGACGUUUUUAGUGCCUCAAGGUAAGAACAACCGAAUAAAACUCAUACAAAUAGAGACAAAAGAGAGGGUGAGAGAGAGAGAGAGAGAGAAAAAAUCAGGAAUUUAAAAGAGAAGCUUUCAUGCACAGCACUUUGAGAAUCGAUUAAAUCAAAGACUCCCAUAAAUGUUUCCCAAUGGAGAAUCUUUCGGAGAAAAUAUCAUAAACAGUAGAGCGAAAUCUACUCACAAAAAAUUGUAUUGUUCGAACUCUCAAACUUUCGAGAACUAUCUUUAAUUUUUUGAGAUGUCAAAUUUUCAAAACUAAGAUAGUUCCUAUUGAGAACUUUAUCAUUUAACAUUGGAUGAAUUGAUGUCAUCAUUUCCUUUAACCUAAUUGUUUUUUUCCAUAAGAUAUCAUUUAUUAACUCACUCGGUUUACUUCUCUUUUCCCAAUUAUUAUUUAUCGGUAACUCUAUUGACCUAAGGAUAUUUAUUUUGUCUCAUUAAUUUCGUACACACAAUCGAAAUGUCAGUUUUAUGCUUUAGUUCAUUCGCGCGAUUAAUGUUUAUUCAAAUCUUUUCAUUCUCAGCCCGGAAUGCUCAAAAAAAACUACCACUCGUGUGACCAAGCUGGACAUUAUUUUUAUAUCUCACAACCGAUGAUCGCACGUGAAUGUUAAUCAUCUCAUUUUUUUAUUCUUCAUCUAUCUUUUCCAUUGCUAUGCUCGUUCUCAUGCUGCGAUAUCUCUAGAAGUUCGCGAAUUGUCAAUCAUGUCUCAGUCAAAAGUAGUCGAGUCAUAGUGAUUGUUUCAAGGUAAAAUAAAAACGAGUAUAUAAGACAACAAUAAAACACGUAAAUUCUUAAUCUUUGAAGUCACAACAAAUAGCGUACACGACACCGGCGAUCAACAUGAAGUGAGAUUUUUUCUCAUCCUUUAAUAAAUGUCUUUUUCAUCUGAUAAAAAACAUUUGCCCUAAAGUUGCCUGCAUUCCUUGCACGUACACCAAAACUAUCCUCAAAGGACAAUCAUGGGUCUGUAUUUGCUUGUAGAAUUUCAUUCGUUCCGAGUGCUCGUGGCGAUAGAAGAUAAAAAAAAGUCCGGGAAAAAGUUUGCUUUUUCUUCUGUGAAAGAAAAAAUUUAGAGAGUUGUCGGAGAUAAGUGAAUUUUUUAGCAAAUUCCCUUCAUUUUUCCGUUUGUUUUCAAUAGAUUCAAUAAAUCAACGAAAUAGAGAGCUCAAUUUACUUUUGAAUAAACAAAAUCAGGCCUACAAACUUGUCAAUAAUCGAUACCGUAGGGAGAUCGGAAGGGAGAAGAAACAUUAUUCAUCUCGAAAUAAUAAAUACGGAUAAAAACGAAUAAAUGAAGAUUCAAAAAAAAACAAUAUUGAAAACCACGAGCGUCUCAACGAUUACGGAAAUACUUGAAAAAACACAGCGAUCGUCACCUGAAAUCCCUUUUACACCUGAAAGAUUAGAACGAAAGGUGAAAGAAGAGAAAUAUUAUUUUUCGAAUAUUAUCAAACAAAUCGAGACACGUACACAAGGUUAAAAAAAUGAUUCCAUUAUAAUAUAUGUCAAUAAUAAAUUCAGUGAUUAAAUAUAUUGUUUGAUAAAGUUGAAGGAAGAUAUGAAGAAGAAUAAAGUAACGAAGGAUACGUAACGCAGAAGGGUACCAGUUGACGAUCUUUCGUAUUCUUAUACAAUUCUUAAAUGCAUCGAGCUUGUGAACUUGGCACCUCUAAAAUACAAAAAAAAAGAUAAAACUUAUCGAAAAAAAAAACAAAAAAAUAGAACGGAGGAGCACACAUCCUCAAUAUACACAUACGCAAACGAGAAUGCACACUCGUAAAUUAAAAAGUAUUGGAGAAACACAUGAAGAUAUGAGACGAAUAAUGGAGGAGAAAUCUCUAUAUAAAUUUUGUAUUUUCGUGUAGUUCGAUAAAGGCCGUUUGAAAUACGGCUGUUUAGCGAUUAACGACGAGGAAGUUGAGCGAAAUAUGUCAAGGAAUAUUAAAAUUCAAAAGAAUGGGAAAAAUGAGUAAAUAGACGAAUAAUCGUAUAAGGCAUGAUCGCGACAAUGGAUGGUUAAUAAUCGCUUUCGAUUCUGUGUGAUUCCCUUAAAAAUGUUUCAUUUAAAAAACUCUAUAAGAUUAUUGAUUGACUUGUAUUGAGUCAGAAAAUUUAUUCGAUUUCAUGGUUCUUCGUUUGAUUGAAUCUUUAUUAAUUAAAUAUAACUUCACUUUCUUUUUCUUAUUUAAAAUGGAUUUGGAAUAAUUCCUGAAAAAAUUGAAUUCUUCCCAAAAAUCUGAAUAUUUGAUAAAAGUUGAACGAAAUGUUACGGUCGACUUAUCAUCUUGCCAAAUUUUUCUUUUUCAAUGGUUUCAUUAAGAGAAUCACCCCGGGGGACAACCGAAUUUUUCGGGGUAUUUUGCGGCAAAGAAAAAAGACAUAAAAUGUACCCGAGAAAUCGGAGUUAAAAAUUCUGCCAUAGAGAUGGACCCUCAGUAAAUAAACCCUCCAUAUUUAAAAAAUCUAUGUUUUUUUCCUUUGUGGCAAAAAAAUUACGGAAAAACCUCGAAAAAUCUGGCUGCUCCACGGGAUGACCCCCUUUAAUACUAAAAACGAAUGUUCGAGAGAUUUUCAAAACUCGAGUAUCUAUACAAUUACGUAGACCGCAAUUGAAACUAAAUAAAACUUUUAGCUGGGAACGCCUUUUUGUGAAACAUUUUCAAAUCGGUUCGUAGUCGCCGUUAACGACCAUUCGAGACCGCCGGGAUUGUCGACAAUUUACGCGUCCUUCAAAAAACAUUUCCUCCAUUCUGUUGCAAAAGGAAAAUUGGGAUGUAACGAUUGAACGGUCGCAUUGGAAAAUAAAUAUCAAAAGUACAAUUGAUUUCGCAAUUUCAAGCACAAAAGUUAUGUGACUAUUUGUCCGAGUGUGUGAAUACCUACACCGACAUGCAAACACAGAAACAGAUCAGUAAUUACCACGAAUUUUGAAUGUUUUCGACAUUAUUUCAAUCAAUAAAAUUUAGAAGCUUACAAAAGGAUUGAACCAUAGAAUUUUAGCCCACGAAAGACUGGACAAGGCAAAUGAAGAAACCAAUGAAUGAAUGGAGAAAAACAGAUAAAAAAGGAACGACAAAUUAUCUACAACAAGGAUGCGUGAGCUGAAGCGUAUGAAUAUUUGAGAGUGAUGCAGUGUCUAGUGUUCCUCACGACUCCUUCUGUACGAAGUCAAUGUAGCUCGUAGCCGUUUAUUCUUUAAUGUUAAAUGAUAAGUAGAACGGCAAGAUGAAGAAAAUCGAAAAAAAAGAAUUAUGUAUUUCAAGAAGGAAACAAACAAAGAGAGCGUGGUUAAGACUUUAUGGUUGUAAAUAAAAAUAUGUUAUUAAUAAUGACCUACGACUAUAAAUUGACAAUGUACGACUA